AUGACCAGCGCCUGCAUGCUCCUCCUGGCCGCCGGCUGCUUCUGGGCCUCCCUGCUGGGGGCCCGCGGGGACGAGGCCUCCUUCGAGACCCGCGCCCUGGACUACCCCUCCAAGACCCAGGAGGAGAAGGAGCUGAUUGAAGCUUUGCAAGAGGUUCUGGAGAAACUCCGCAGCAAAGAGAUGCCUUCAGAGAAGAAGCUGGGCUGGCUCCCUUCGUGUGCCGCUGGGGAGCCAUGCGCCGUGCGUAAAGGUGCUCGAAUCGGCACGCUGUGCGGGUGCACGCGGGGGACCGCAUGCAACUUCUACGUCCUCAAGUGUUUGUGA